ACUUGAUGGAGAAGAAGGGACCAGAAGGCCGCUUUACUAUAAAAACUUUCAGGUGUAAUUUCUCAUAUUCAUAUUGUUCAUUCUCUUUAAGCAAAGUAUCAGUUGAUCAAAUCUCUACUUUUCUUUUCUCUCCCUUUCCCUUCGCUUUCUCUGUUUGGCUUCGUUGGUGUGCGAGGAAAUGGCGGACGUGCAGAUGGCUGAUGCAGAGACCUUUGCCUUCCAGGCCGAGAUCAACCAACUUUUGAGUUUGAUCAUCAACACUUUUUACAGUAACAAGGAGAUUUUCCUUCGUGAGCUUGUUAGCAAUGCAUCUGAUGCAUUGGACAAAAUUCGAUUUGAGAGCCUGACUGAUAAGAGCAAGCUCGAUGCUCAACCAGAGCUUUUCAUUAGGCUUGUACCAGACAAGGUUAACAAGACCCUCUCCAUUGUUGACAGUGGUAUCGGCAUGACCAAAGCAGAUUUGGUGAACAACUUGGGUACGAUCGCAAGGUCUGGAACCAAGGAGUUCAUGGAGGCAUUGCAGGCUGGAGCUGAUGUGAGCAUGAUUGGUCAAUUCGGUGUUGGGUUCUACUCUGCCUACCUUGUCGCUGAGAAAGUUAUAGUGACCUCAAAACACAAUGAUGACGAGCAGUACAUUUGGGAGUCCCAAGCUGGUGGCUCCUUCACUGUCACCAGGGAUGUGAAUGGAGAGCCACUUGGUAGGGGUACUAAGAUGACCCUUUACCUCAAGGAGGAUCAGCUGGAGUACUUGGAGGAGAGGACGAUCAAGGACCUUGUGAAGAAGCACUCUGAGUUCAUUAGCUAUCCAAUUUAUCUCUGGACUGAGAAGACAACUGAGAAAGAGAUUAGUGAUGACGAAGAUGAUGAACCCAAGAAAGAGGAGGAAGGAGACAUUGAGGAUGUUGACGAGGAGAAGGAGACUAAAUCAAAAAAGAAGAAGAUUAAGGAGGUGUCUCAUGAGUGGCAACUCAUUAACAAGCAGAAGCCAAUCUGGUUGCGUAAGCCAGAGGAGAUAACCAAGGAGGAGUAUGCCUCUUUCUACAAGAGCUUGACUAAUGAUUGGGAGGACCACCUGGCUGUCAAGCACUUUUCUGUUGAAGGUCAGCUUGAGUUCAAGGCUAUUUUGUUUGUUCCGAAGAGGGCUCCAUUUGAUCUCUUUGACACUAGGAAGAAGAUGAACAACAUCAAGCUCUAUGUUAGGAGGGUGUUCAUUAUGGACAACUGCGAGGAGCUUAUCCCCGAGUACCUGGGAUUCGUGAAAGGUGUUGUUGACUCUGAUGACUUGCCACUCAACAUUUCUCGUGAGACGCUACAACAGAACAAGAUUUUGAAAGUGAUUAGGAAGAACCUUGUCAAGAAGUGCAUUGAGAUGUUCAGUGAGAUUGCUGAGAACAAGGAGGACUACAACAAGUUCUAUGAAGCUUUUUCAAAGAACCUGAAGUUGGGUAUUCAUGAAGAUAGCCAAAACAGGGCUAAGCUGGCUGACCUUCUCCGAUACCACUCAACCAAGAGUGGUGAUGAAUUGACAAGCUUGAAGGACUACGUCACCAGAAUGAAGGAGGGCCAGAAAGACAUUUAUUACAUCAUUGGUGAGAGCAAGAAGGCAGUGGAGAACUCGCCAUUCUUGGAGAAACUCAAGAAGAAGGGAUAUGAAGUUCUUUUCAUGGUUGACGCCAUUGAUGAAUAUGCUGUUGGACAGAUGAAGGAAUAUGAUGGUAAGAAACUUGUAUCAGUCACAAAGGAAGGUUUGAAGCUUGAAGAUGAGAGCGAGGAAGAGAAAAAGAAAAAGGAGGAGACAAAGAAGUCUUUUGAGGAUCUCUGCAAGACUAUGAAGGAUAUCUUGGGAGACAAGGUGGAGAAGGUUGUUGUCUCUGACAGGAUUGUGGACUCUCCUUGUUGUCUGGUUACUGGAGAGUAUGGCUGGAGCGCUAACAUGGAAAGGAUCAUGAAAGCCCAGGCCCUGAGGGAGAGCAGCGUGAGCUCUUACAUGUCUAGCAAGAAGACUAUGGAGAUCAACCCUGACAAUGGAAUCAUGGAAGAGCUAAGGAAGAGAGCUGAGGCCGAUAAGAAUGAUAAGUCGGUGAAGGAUCUUGUGCUGUUGCUCUUUGAGACUGCUCUCUUGACCUCUGGGUUCAGCCUUGAUGAUCCAAACACAUUCGGGGCACGUAUCCACAGAAUGCUCAAGCUGGGUCUGAGCAUCGAUGAGGAUGAGACCGGUCGUGACGAUGCUGACAUGCCUGCACUGGAGGAGUGUGAUGCCGAAGCAAGCAAGAUGGAGGAAGUAGAUUAAUUUUUCUGUUUUCUUCAAAAUUUGGGUAAUGUUGUUGGUUGGGUGGUGGAUAUAGACGUCUUUUCCCGUUAUGAUAAAUCUUUAUAUCGAGGGGUCUGGUCUGGUCUGGUCCGGGGUAGCAUUAUCCUCGUAUUAUAUUUUUCUUUCAAGUAUAAAACACGUCUACCCGUUUCUUGUUUGGUUAUAUCGAAGGGUUCUUCACAUCUGUUUUCUAUUAAAA